AUGGCUCAUAUAGAGAAUAUGAAGUGCGCCCGCACGACUUUCAAAUCACAACUGACAAGAUGUAAAACGUUUUUGGAUGGACAUACACGAGAUACAAUAGUCGAGCUCAUAGAGGGAAAAUUGAAAACUCUAACGGAGAAAUUCGCUGAAUGGGAGCGAAGCAGCAAGACACCCCUCGAGCUCGACAUCGAGAACGCAGAAAUCAACACCAGAGAAGGUGACACCAUCGAAGAGAAUUACGAAUUAGUGGCAGUUAGGAUGAGACGCCUCAUAAAAGAAAAAAAUACACCCACAAUGUCAUCACCAUCAACACAGCCGACAUCACCUCAUAAUGUAUAUUCUACAAAUUUCAAUAUGACAUUGCCUGAAAUUACAUUACCAACCUUUGAUGGACGAUUCGAAACAUACAGGCCCUUCAGAGAUCAGUUCAACGCUCGGUUGCCCAGUCACGCUGAUAAAGUCAUUAGGCUCCAAUAUCUACAAACAUGCUGCAAAGGAGAAACUUUUCAAGCCAUUGAAGCCCUGGACAUCACGGACAUGAAAUACGACGCAGCUUGGGCCCUCCUCGACAAAAAUCUUGAUAUUCCCAGGCAAGCUCUCCGACGGCAUUGCUCUCACCUUUUGAAGAUUGGGAAAAAGAAUAGAGAAAAUAAAUCGCUCAUCGACCUUGUCAACGCAGUGGGCCAACAAUUACGCUCCAUCAGUGGUUUUGGUACAGCAAAGGAACAAUUGAAUGGCAUCAUAUGUACAAGCAUUCUUGACCAACAGGAUGAAGACCUCGUAUUUCAAUGGGAAACCCUCAUAGAAGGGAAGGAGAUGCCAGAACACGAGCAACUCCUGGAUUUCCUUUUAAAGCGUGGCAUUUGUGCAAAAAAUGCAGACGCACCAAAAAAUACCAGGCACAAGAACGAGUCAUCGCAUAACAAAGACUUUGCUCGAAAAAAUCCAUACAUCAAGCGCCAAUACUAUGCCAGAUCCAGCCCUUCAGAAACAAUAAGAGCUCAAGCCUUCCUCACCAAUUCUCCAAUGAGAUCUCCAGUCUGUUCAGAAGAACACAGAAUUUACGAGUGUUCUAAAUUCACAGAUAUGGAUGUUGAAACUCGCAAGAAACUUAUCUUCAGUCAUAUCCAUUGUCUCAAUUACCUAGUCAAAGCACAUGGGAUAAAGGAAUGUAAGUCAAACAUCUAUUGCAAGAGGGGUAAUAAACCAGAAGCAAGGCAUCAUUCUCUUCCAUACUAUGACAAGCAAUCUCCAACAGCAUCAGCUAGUACCACCAUCUCUCGACCACUGGAUUCAUCAAGACAAGACAUGUUCCCCACCGCCAUUAUGAAUUUGCUAAAUAAAAAUCAUCAACCUAUUCACUGUCUUGCUCUAAUUGACACCGCCUCGACAAAGAAUUUCAUCAUUCAUGGAAUGGAUGCUGAACUGGGCAACAAAAAGCUAACCUGCUCUAUUCCCGUUGGAGCUCUGAAUGAACUCUCUACAACUGUUCAUCAUAGGAUCUAG